GCCCCGGCCCGCCGCCAUUUCCACUUCCGCCGCCGCCGCCGCCAUGGCCUCAAGGUUACUGCGGGUGAGCGCGGCCCUGCGGCUGCUGCCCGCGGCCUCUGCCCGCACCGCGCCCGCCCGCGGCCUCGCCGCGCCCGGCCGCCUGGCCACGGAUGAGGAGCAGGCGACGGGCUUGGAGCGGAAAGUGAUGGAGGCCAUGAACAAGGGCCUGGACCCCUAUAGCAUGUUCCCUCCGAAGCGCUACGCGGGGACCAAGGAGGACCCGAACCUCGUCCCGUCCAUCACCAACAAGCGCAUCGUGGGCUGCGUCUGCGAAGAGGACAACAGCUACGUGGUCUGGUUCUGGCUGCACAAGGGCGAGGCUC